UCCAAAACAGUAGAGUUUGUUCAUGUUGCAGAAUAUGUUGAUAGAAGAAGUUCCAGUCAUAGACCUUGGAUGUCAAAGCUUGACCGAAUCGACUGCAUCUUCUCUACUUAAAGCGUGCAAUGAAUUGGGAUUCUUUUUCAUCAGAAACCAUGGCGUUUCAAAGGAGUUUUACGAGAAACUCAUCUCUGGCGCUGAUGAACUUUUUUCUUCUCCCGAGGAGACCAAGCAAAAAUUGACAAUGGGAGUUUCCUCAUAUACCCCGAGAUUUGUGGUGUCGCCUUUCAUUGAGAGCUUCAGGGUUUCGGGACCCAACUUCCCAGCCUCUUUUGCUGCGCUGGGUUUCACUCAAUCCCUAUUUGGCCACCAAGCUAUUGAAGUCGGCAAUCUUCUAGACGAAUAUGGAAGCAAAAUGACAGAAAUAUCGAAAAGAGUACUGAAGCUAUUACUAAACAUCUUGGGGGAUAAUAUAGAAAACAAAUUCUAUGAUCCCGAGUUCAGCAACUGUAAUGGCAACCUAAGAAUAAACGGCUACACUCCUCUUGGCAUGAAUGACGAUGAAGAAGUUGAAGUAUUCAAGAAGCACACCGACGUCAGCUAUGUGACGAUAGUGUUCCCAAACGACAUCAGGGGGCUACAAAUGAGAUCAAAGGACGGUAUUCUUGUGGUGAACAUUGGAGAUUUAUUGGAGGCUUGGAGCAACGGGAGGUUGAGAUCUGCCAUACAUAGAGUCGUUUUGAGGAAAAAUAAUAUGAAAAGAUUUUCUAUCGUUUACACAUCGACACCUGAAGAUGAAUCUAGAGAAAUACACGCCCCGAGUGAGGUUGUUGGAGAAGGGAAAUCAAGACUUUAUCGUCCAUUUUCAACUCAACAAUAUAAACAUUUUAGGGAAAACAAUUACUAGAAAGUUGGAGCCAUGAUUAAGGAUUUUGUUGGAAUAUGAUGUCACUGGAU